AUGUCGUACUACGACAUCGACGCCAUAUUGACAGACGCAGAGAAAGUCCCCUGCAAAUUCGAACUCGAUGUUCCCGACCUAGGAUACCUCGACAACAAUCCCUCCCACGCCCUGAAAGCAGGAACGCAGAUCACGUUGCCGCUCUGGCUCGCCGAGAUGCUCGCCCUCGCCAACACGGGCACUUCCGAGGACUCGAAAGCACCGGUGACGCUGAACCUGCCUCCCGCCCUGUCACAACAAGUCGUCCAAGCCUUGAAGGCCGAUGCGCGGGCUGUUCCGGUCAGGGACCAGAGCGCCCACUUCUACGGCCUCGGUACGCGCAUCCUGGACCUGUUCGACGAGCGAGAGCUCAGCGAGGUCAUGCGAAAGACCUUUGUGGCACGGGCUUCCGAGAUCGCUUUGCACGCCCGGAAAGGAACCGACGACGGCAUCGGCGGCUCCAACGAGGAUUUCCUCCGCGGCCUGGACGAGUGGGAGCGCGGCCUCUUCCGCAAGGCACACGACGGCACCAAGGCGUCCAAGGAGUGGAUGGACAAAGUCAAGAAGCACUGA